CAAGUGCAAGCAAUUGUCGGUUGAAUCAGAAUAAAUAUAUGUAUAUAUAUAGUGCGGUGACAGUGAACUGAAAUCUUUGAUCACAUUGAAAAGCUGUAGCAACAUUAAUUGAACAAUCAAUUUCAAGAGCAACACAAUAAAAAAGGAAUAGAAAAUAUACAUAGAGAUGUCGGAAAAGAAUAUUGAAAGUGUGGAUCCUGAGAAGAAAAAUGUUACAGAGCUGGACAAAGACAUUGAGGGCGAGGAUGGCAACUCGAAUAGUACCGUGGAGGCGGAGACUGCCAGGACCAGCGACCAGGAGAGUCCAGCCACAUUUGACAAGGCCAUCGAGGGCGCCGGCUUUGGCAUCUUCAAUCUGAUCCUGCUCUUCGUCUCAAUUCCCGCCCAGAGUGCUGCUAUUUUUGAGUCCAGCUCCAUGUCCUACAUCCUCCCAGUGGCUGAGUGCGACCUUCGGUUGACACUGGAGGAUAAGGGAGUACUGAAUGCAGUGGCCUAUGCAGGAAUGACCAUAUCUGCCAUAGCCUGGGGCUACCUGGCAGAUACGAAGGGUCGGAAGAAGAUCCUCUAUUGGGGCUAUCUGAUCGAUGCGGUGUGUGUAUUUGGCAGUGCUCUCAGCCAGAACUUCACCAUGCUGGUGGUGUUCAAGUUCAUGGGAGGAUUGGUGGUAAAUGGUCCCGCAGCUGUGCUCUUCACCUAUCUGACUGAAAUGCAUGGACCGAAGCACCGAUCCUCGGUUCUGAUGAUCGUUGGCAUGGUCACCUCAACGGCUACGGUUUCAUUGCCACUUUUGGCCUGGGGCAUCUUUCCCAGGGACUGGGACUUUCAGUUUUGGGGCUUGAAUAUUCACAGCUGGCAAAUUUACCUCUUUGUUUUGGGCAUACCAAGUUUAAUUAGUGGUCUGAUAUUCUGCGCCAUGCCGGAGAGUCCUCGGUUUUUAAUGGCCCAAGGACGAAACGAGGAAGCACUGGAAGCCUUCAAACAGAUUUAUCAUGUAAACUCUCGCAAACCUAAGGAUUCUUACCCAAUCAAAGCCUUGGUACAGGAGGUACCCAAUCGCAAGGCGGCCAAGGAUGAGGUCAUCUACACCAUCGAGGAGAAAAAAACUGCAGAUGUGCCAGAGAAAAAACCGACACGGACUCUCUCCGAGAGUCUUAAAGCCGGACUGGAACAGAUGAAGCCGCUGGCAAGGAAGCCCCUGCUGGGACUGGCUCUCUGCUGCUACACAAUGCAGUUUGGCAUUUUCCUGGGCAUGAACACCAUCCGGCUGUGGCUGCCACAGCUCUUUGCCUCAAUGGCCGAGUUUGAGGCACUGCACGCGGGCGAGGAUGUGGAUGCCAGUAUGUGCACCAUCCUUGAAUUUAGCGUCAAUCGGACGGCUGAGACUGCCUUAAAUUACGCCGAUGCUUGUGCAGAGCCCAAGGUAAUCUCUAUGGACAUGUAUAUUAACAAUAUUAUUGUUUCGGCCACGGGCUUUGUGGGUUACUUCUUUGCCGGCGGUAUUAUCCGUGCUCUGGGCCCCAAGCGAAUGAUGACUUAUGGACUGUUUCUCUCUGGCACCUUUGGUCUCAUUUUGUACUUCUCCGUCAGCAGUCUGAUGACACUAAUUGUGGCUGCCACCUUCUUGACCAUUACGGGAAUUGCCGUCUCCUCGCUCUUGGGCGCUGUGGUGGCUCUGUUUCCCACACAACUGAGAACCGUUGUGGUGGCCAUUGCCAUGAUGUGUGGACGCUUUGGAGCCCUGUCUGGAAACCUACUCUUCCCCGUAUUUGUACAGAUUGGCUGUUUGCCUCCAUUUAUAAUGGUCUCCUCGGUGCUCUUGUUAUCCGGCACCCUUUCCAUAUUUGUUCCAAAUCCCGCCAAGGCCACCUUUUCUUAAGAAGAUUUCGGAUGCUUCCGCACAUAUUUAUUUGUGAAUUUUGAAUGCCUUUCUAGUUGAAGAUCUUUGCUACAUUAGCUUAGCUUUUGUUUAGUUGUACAAAUUAGAGAUAACAGAAGGGCAGUCAACAACUAUUUAUAUUUACGUUAAGUAAUCAAACCAAAUAUAUCCUUAUUGUUGUACGACCUACAACUACAAAAUACCUUUAAACGCGGUAAACAGGAAUAACUCCGUCCGAUGAGCAAGGACAAAAGUCGUUGGAAGGCAGACGACAUGCAAAUCUCAUUAACACCAAUUAGCAGGUAACCUGUAAGCCAGGUGAGAGUGUGGGUGGCGGUUAAGCUGGCAGGUGAGUGAUCGGAUACAGAUAACAUCAACCAGAUUUUGCAUUGACGGGUUGAAGGGUAAAUUAGUGCUGCCUCAAUUGGCAGCCUUUAAAUGGAAGCGAUUUAUUAGAUUGAGCGCUUCACUGACUUGUGAACCUUCACCAGAAGUUGCAAUCAAUUUGAAUUGCUUGAUGGGAGUCUGGAAAUUCUAAAAACCGAUUAGGGAAUUCCAUGAAUUUCAAACGAAA